ACGAUCGUGAUACACGCAUUCCGUGACUCACUCAAUCGCGACAUGGCGCAAUUUAAUCUUUGUUUCCGGGUAGCUUUUCUCGCUGUACUUCUUCCACUGACUUCAGGGGCUUGUGUUGAUUUUUACCUUGGAAUGGGAAGUGGAACAAUUCCAGAUAGUGAUAUAACUGCUUCUUCAGUACAAAGCGCCAACACACCAGCCAAGAAUGGUCGACUAAACUACACAUCAGGAUCAUCAUGGUGUACAGGAACAGGUGACACUAACCCAUAUCUACAGAUUGAUCUAAAGACACUUCAUAUCAUCUGUGCUGUGUCUACUCAAGGGAAUUCUAAAGCAGAUCAGUGGGUGAAGACCUACAAACUGCAAUUAUCCACUGAUGGGACAACUUGGACGAACUAUACCGAGUUAGGUGGGCAGGCUAAGGUUUUAGAGGGAAAUAAGGAUAGAAACUCAAAUGUCAAACAUGUUGUAUAUGGAGUGUUAACAAGAUAUUUGCGAUUCCUGCCACAAACACACCAGGGUGAGGUGUGUAUGAGAACAGAGGUGUUUGGGGUGAAACAGACACCAACAUGUGAUUCACAAGCAAUUGGUUUGGCCAGUGGUGGUAGAAUUCCAGAUGACAGCUUCUCAGCCAGUUCGAUAUUUGCUCCCAGAUAUGCAGCUAAAUAUGGUCGUCUUAAUGGAAGAUGGGCAUGGGAACCUAAGACUACUACUGAUCCUACUGACUACCUGCAAAUUGACCUUCUCUAUGAGUAUGUUAUCUGUGCUGUUGCUACUCAAGGAAAUCCACCAACCCAAUCAGCAAGUGCUCAAGAAUGGACCACAGAGUACAAACUGAGAUUUUCACUCAAUGGUACCACCUUUCUCCCUUAUAAAGAAAACAAAAUUGACAAGGCCUUUCCAGGAAAUUCAGGAAAAACUGACACAGUGAAAAACAGUCUAACAGAAUUUGCAAGUGCAAAGUUUAUACGCUUUCUGCCAACAAAGUAUAAUAAGUUCAAGGUUUUGAGAGUGGAGGCUUAUGGAAUACUUUUUACUAAAGUUCCAUCACAACCUCCCACUGCCUUCCAGUUGACUGCAAGCUCUUCUACCAGCAUCACAGCUUCCUGGCAGUUACCACCAGUCUUUGGCAGACACAGAAACAUUACAGGGUUUAAAUUGUUUUACAGAAAGAAAGGUUCUGGUGGGUCAGCAACAACCUUGCCUAUUAGCAAUGGAAGAACAUUGAGUAGAACUGUUAGUGGACUUGACAAGUUCACAGAAUACAAAUUUCAAAUUUUGGCCUUCACUUCUGAUGGUGAUGGACCAAAAAGUUCUGUGAAAGUGAAAAGAACAAUGGAAGAUGCUCCUUCACAACCUCCAUCUAACUUCAGUGUAACUCCAACCUCCUCUACUGGUGUAACAGCAUCAUGGCAACUACCACCAGUAAACUCCAGGAAUGGAUUAAUUAAAGGAUUCAAAUUGUUUUACAAAAGGAAAGACUCGUCAGGCUCAGGCACCAUUCUUCCUAUCAACACUGAAUCAACUUUAAACAAGAAUAUCAAUGGGCUCUAUAAGUACACAGAGUAUGAAUUUCAAGUGUUGGCCUUUACUUUUGCUGGUGAUGGUGUAAACAGCUCUGUUGUUGUUCAGAGAACAAAAGAAGAUGCUCCUUCACAACCUCCUUCUCAGUUCACUGUAUUUGUGAACUCUUCAACCAGUAUUACAGCUUCAUGGCAGUUACCAUCAGUAGGCUUCAGACAUGGAAUCAUCAAAGGAUAUAAACUGUUCUAUAAGAAGAAAGACUCAAGUUGUGCAACCAUCCUGACACUUGGCAAUGGAAACAUAUCAGCAAGAGUUACUAAGCUUGACGAAUACACUGAAUAUGAAUUUCAAGUGUUGGCCUUCACUUCUGCUGGUGAUGGACCAAACAGUUCUACUGUUUUCAAGACAACGAUGGAAGAUGCUCCUAGUGCACCUUUAUCUUUGUCUUCUGUUGAUAUGCCACCAAGCAAGUCACAUGGUCCAAGAAUAACACUGACCUGGGGUGAGCCUGCAGAGCCAAAUGGAGUUAUCAGAAGUUACACUUUGUUUUACAGUCACGAUGGAGUUGCACCAAAAGAGAUUUCUGGAAUAGGCAGAGAUGCAUUGAAUCACACAGUUGAUGUGUUAGUUGGAGUGACGUAUCAGUUUAAUGUUAGAGCUGUGACUAUUAAACCUGGACCAAAUGCCACGAAAACAGUAACUACCAAGGAAUACGCUCCCUCACAACCGCCCUCUCAGUUCACUGUAUUUGUGAACUCUUCAACCAGCAUCACAGCUUCAUGGCAGUUACCUCCAGUAGGCUCCAGACAUGGAAUCGUCAAAGGAUAUAAAAUAUUCUAUAAAAAGAAAGGCUCAGGUUUUGCAACCACCCUGACACUAGACAAUGGAAACACAUCAAGAAGAGUUACCAAGCUUGAUGAAUACACUGAAUAUGAAUUUCAAGUGUUGGCCUUCACUUCUGCUGGUGAUGGACCAAACAGUUCUUCUGUUUUCAGGACAACAAUGGAAGAUGCUCCUAGUGCACCUAUAUCUUUGUCUUCUGUUGAUGUGCCACCCAGCAAUUUGCAUGGUCCAAGAAUAACCUUGACCUGGAGCGAGCCUGCAGAGCCAAAUGGAGUUAUCAGAAGUUACACUUUGUUUUACAGUCACGAUGGAGUUGCACCAAGAGAGAUUUCUGGAAUAGGCAAAGAUGCAUUGAAUCACACACUCGAUGUGUUAGGUGGAGUGACUUAUCGGUUUGAUGUCAGAGCUGUGACUACUAAACCUGGACCAAAUAGGACGAUUACUGUAAUGUCCAGGGAAUAUGAGCCCAGUCGUGGACCAGAAGGGAUAUCCUCAUCUGCAGUGAACUCCAGAAAAAUCAAUAUAACUUGGCUUGGACUGUCAAGGGAAGUAGCCUAUGGCACCAUCAUAAACUAUGAAGUCAGGCUUAGUGUAGAAGAAAACUGUACAAAGAUUCAGUCCUCCUAUCCUUCAACUAUUAACACCACCGCUACUUAUAUUCUCGUGACUGGACUCUCCUUGUGUGCCAAGUAUGCAGUGUCUAUAAGAGGCUACACUGCAGUGGGGCCCGGACCUUAUAGCAGAUCUGUUAUGGAACAGAUAUUUCGUAAUCCCGUCAUCAAAGACCUCCCAAAAAGAACCGUUGUAGCACUUAACGAACUGGUAGUGUUGACAUGUGAGGUAAAUGGAGACUCUGAAGUUUCUGUAACCUGGACUAAGGAUGGACUCACCAGUAUACCUCGCGCUCAGUUCAAAAACAGUGGCAAAAUACUUGUUAUACAGAAUGUUGUUCCUGGUGACAGUGGCGUUUAUGAAUGCACAGCUAUGAACAGAUUUGGAGAGAGCCGUACAGCUUCGACGCUCAUUGUCGCUGUUCCACCCAGCAUUAUAAAAGAAGUUUCGCCUUCUUCAGUGAUGUGUGAAAAGCAAACUCCGUGUCUUGUCUCUUGUCAAGCAACAAGUUACAUUCCAUUUAACUACUCAUGGACGAAAGAUGGCCAGGUUCCCACUGGUGAUGGCAUCAAGUUAAUGAAUAACAGUAUCAUUGUCACGCCACGGGAUGCACAAGAUUAUGGACAGUAUGUGUGUCACGCUACAAACAGCUUUGGAUCAACAAAGUACCAAAUCACUCUACUUGCUCCUAAGGAUACUCAAUAUAAUGACGGUACACAAAGCAUCCUUCUAGCUAUUGUCAUCGCAUUGUGUUGCCUUGUGGUUGUGUCACUCAUUAUGAAUGGUGUGUUCAUAUGGCAGCGGAGACGAGCUGUCAAAUCUUCACCCGAUCAACAGUCAAGCGAUCAACAAGCUUCAGUCCCAAGUUUAUAUAUGGAACUCAAACCCAGGCCUACGAACCAGCAGUCUCAUGUACCAACUGAGUAUCAGUCGUUACCGGAAAAACCCGGAAAUCCCGGAUAUUGCAAUGUGGUAUUUCAGAGAGAAAACGGUGGGAAACAAAAUGAUGAAAUUUAUGAGGAAAUAUGAAAACCCUACAGAAGAUGUUCUUGUCUCGCUAAAAGGAGCUUUGAGUACUUUGGUAAUACUAUACACGGCACGCAUUUGAAGUUUCGACCUACUCACCGUUGUCACGGUUACUGUUACUAUCAUGAUUUCGCGUACGGUGCGGUUAUCUAUCAUCUAUGAAGAAAAAACAUAUGAUCACAAUUGCUUCCUCAGUAGAUGCAGCUAGGGAGUGCAGUCUGUUUACUUCAAGAACAGACAUUGCUGCAAUUGGUUUCUCAUCAAAGUACUUUCAUGGUCAUUUUAAGGCAGUGGAGCCUUACGGGCCUCCUUAGCUUGUAACAACCUUUGAUUGGGUCAGUUCGAAUUCAAUACUAAAAUCUUUGUUAUAUUUACAUGUAUCCAUGUAACUACGGUAUAUAUUUUGCAUUUGAUUUGUGUAAAAUGCUAUACGAGGAAUCACAUAUACCUGGAUCGGAGCAUUUAGUUAUAACCUCGAACGAGAGAUAAAUGAAAUUCUAAACUUUGUGUGAGACUCUUAAAAGACGAUCACACGUAAAAUUACUUGGCAUAACAAAACCCUGUUAAUUUUUUCCUAAUUUUCUUUUGGCAGCAUGAAAAUUCGAGGCCCCGUCCACACGUAUCCGGAUAAAUUUGAAAACGGAUCGUUUUUGGUGUCCACACGUAAACGUCAAACAAUGCCGUGAUGAACUCAACAAAAUGUGCAAAAUUGAACCACUAAAUGCUAGGUUUGAAGGGGCCAAAGUAACUUCUGUUGAAACAGUGUUUAAAAUACAUAUCUCUGAUUUCCUGAAUCAAAACAGUGACUUUGACCCCAUCACUGAUAAAAAUCAAAAUCAAAAUCAUCACGUCAUCCUUUUCAAAUCGUUUUCAAAUUUAUCCGGAUAAGGCGUCCACACAGAGACGCUUAGCCAGCGUUUUCAAAUUUAUCCACUCUGGAGAGCGUUUUCAAAUUUAUCCGUUUUCGGUGUGUGAAAACGCCGUUUACGUGUGGACGGAACCCGUAACCGUAUAAAUAUUUAUCCGUUUUCAAAUUUAUCCGGAUACGUGUGGACGGGGCCUGAAUUUAAUUCAAGGUGGGUUCUGAGCCAGAAGUAACAAUUAAAAAUAGAAAAUUAUUUUUGGAUAUGUUAAGAGUCAUCAGAUGUAAACAUAGAGCAAAGCGUUAAAACUUGAUAUUUUCAACUAUAAUUGACAGUUGUUCCUUAUAUUUUAUAUUUUUAAAGAGGUUUCUAUUGUUUGAGUCAUUUAUUGGAAAUUGUGAACGUUUUCAAUGUAUUUUUAUAAACCGUAAAUUCUUCUUAACUGUAAACACAAUAUAUUGUUGUUCACUUUUACCCUAAAGUAAUGCAAUAAUUUUAGACUUCAGAAUAUUACUGUGUAGUGUUUGUAGAUAACUGUAUAGA